AAAUAUUGUGUCGUAGCUUUAUGUGGUCAUCAGCUAGUGUCGCAUCAUGUACAUUGCAACAGUAUUGAUUUAACAUUUAAACGAAAACGAAAAUUCGGACAAUUGGUAUAAACAGAGAAUGACAAUAUGUUUAUAUGUUGUGGAUCGGAUCGGAAUCCCCGUCCCGAGGGGACCCGCUCAUUUGGCGGCAACGAGACUUGCUGAGUUAUAGUCCACUGACGUGUUCCUGAAGGAGUGAUAUUUCAAUCAAAACCGCAAACAUAUGUCAGAUAUAUUUUCAUGCAUAGUCUACCAUAUUGCAUCAUAUUUGAAAUUAUUUUCCUAAAAACAAAUUUCCGUGAAAAUUUAUGUCAUUAUACCUGUAACUUCCAACUCGUUAAGUAAAUGAUACAGUAGUGAUAAUAAUGUGCAAUUUAUAUACUACUGUUGCGAGUUUUCCUUACAUAUCAUUUAUUUUGACAGAUUUUUAACGAUCCUAUUCACGGUAAUAUAGAGUUAGAGCCCUUGUUAGUGAAGAUUGUAGAUACACCACAAUUUCAACGUCUACGAUUCAUUAAACAACUUGGUGGGGCCUAUUUCGUAUAUCCAGGCGCAUCACAUAACAGGUUCGAGCACUCGAUAGGUGUGUGCCACUUAGCGGGACGUCUAGUACGAGCUCUAAAAGGGCAGAUAUCAAAUUCAGAGAUCAAGAUUACAAAGGAAGACGAACUUUGUGUUAAAAUUGCAGCUUUGUGCCAUGAUCUUGGACAUGGACCAUUUUCUCAUGUAUUUGAUGAAAAAAUAAUUCCCAAAAUUUUGGAAAAUGAAAAAGUCAAAACCGAUAAAAUAUGGAAGCACGAACAAGGCUCAAUUGAUAUGUUUGAUCACAUGUUGGAAGAAAAUAAGGACUUGGAGGAGGAAUUCAAUAAAGAUUUAUCAGAAAAAGAUAAAACAUUUAUUAAGGAGAUGAUUGCUGGACCACAAAAGUUUGAAAAGGAUAAGAAUAACAUGGGUGUGACAGAUAAAACCUGGCCGUUUGAAGGCAGAACAAAACAAAAGGCAUUUCUUUACGAGAUUGUUUCAAACAAACGUAAUGGUGUUGAUGUUGACAAGUGGGACUAUUUUGCACGUGACUGUCAUAGUUUGGGUAUUGGUAACAAUUUCAACCUUAAUCGAUGCAUUGCGUUCUCAAGAGUUAUAGAAGUUAAUGGUGAACAACAAAUAUGUUAUAGAGACAAAGAGGUACAUAACCUGUACGACAUGUUCCAUACCAGACUUCUACUACACCAGAGGGCAUACCAGCAUAAAACAAGCAACAUAAUUGAAUACAUGCUUGUCGAAGCUUUAGUGCUGGCAAACAAGUCUUUAAAGUUUCAGGGCAAACACGGAUCAGUUUGUAUGUCUGAAACAAUAAAUGAUAUGAAGGCGUACACGCUUCUUUCCGAUGACGUCAUUCAUCGAAUCAUCGGAAGCAAUGACAAAAAGCUACAGGAAUCCAAAACAAUUCUGGAAAACAUUCUUAAACGAGAUUUGUACAGCUUUGUAGGUGAGAAAAGGUUUCCCGGAGGGACAUUUGUCGAAAAAACACAGAUUGUGCCAACAUAUAGUGCUAGUAAAGAUGAGAAUGCUGAUAAUACCAAAGAUGCUGAAAUAGGGAUAAGGUUAGGGAAAGUAGAUGCUGUUAAGAACGACUUUCAGGAGACAUUGAAAGGCAAGCCAGAGUUUCACGAGAUUAUUAAAAGUCUAGAUGAAUUCGUUGUUUUUGAUGUUGUGGACUUUAGUUAUGGUAAAAAGGAUAAAGAUCCAAUAGCUUAUGUCAACUUUUACUCCAAGAAUGAACCGAACAGUGCCCAACCUAUAGACAAAGACGACGUUUCCCUACUACUACCGACACAGUUUGAUGAGCAGGUCGUUCGUGUAUACUGCAAGAAAGAAAACGAGAAAUAUAAAGUUGAAAUGAUGUUCCGUGAAUGGGCCAGGGAAACUAAGAAAAGUGCAAAGAAAAGGAAACAUGAUAGCGCUUAGAUGUUUAUUAAAUUUUAGCGCUACUGCAUGUUAACCCAACCAAUGCUACU